AUGGCCGACAUCAACGUCGACGUCCUCGUCAUUGGCGCCGGACCUACUGGCCUGGGAGCUGCCAAACGCCUGAACCAGAUCAACUCAGCGUCGUGGUUGAUAGUUGACUCCAAUCCCAUCCCGGGUGGCUUGGCCUCCACCGACACCACUCCCGAGGGUUUCCUCUACGAUGUCGGUGGCCAUGUAAUCUUCUCCCACUACAAGUACUUCGACGACUGCAUCAACGAGGCUCUCCCCAACGAUGACGACUGGUUCACCCACCAGCGUAUCUCGUACGUCCGCUACAAGGGUCUAUGGGUUCCGUACCCUUUCCAGAACAACAUUUCCAUACUGCCCAAGGACGACCAGGUCAAAUGUCUGGACGGUCUGAUUGACGCCGCUUUGGAAGUGCGUGUUGCCAACACCAAGCCCAAGAACUUCGACGAGUGGAUCAUGCGCAUGACCGGUGAGGGUAUCGCGAACGCCUUCAUGAGACCCUACAACUACAAGGUCUGGGCCGUUCCUACCACCAAGAUGCAAGCUGAAUGGUUGGGCGAGCGUGUCGCCGCUCCUGACGUCAAGACUGUCGUGAAGAACGUUGUUCUCGGCAAGGUCGCUGGAAACUGGGGUCCCAACGCGACUUUCAAGUUCCCUGCUCGCGACGGAACUGGUGGUAUCUGGAUCGCUGUUGCCAAGACUCUGCCUGACGAGAAGAAGCGAUUCGGCAAGAAGGGCGCGGUGUCCAAGGUUGACGCCGCAAAGAAGGUGGUUACCAUGACUGAUGGUACCAAGAUUGGGUACCAGCAGCUCAUUACGACCAUGAACGUUGACCAAUUGGUUGAGAAGAUGGGUAAUGAAGAGUUGGUUAACCUGAGCAAGGGUCUUUACUACUCGUCGACUCACGUCAUUGGUGUCGGUCUGCGGGGUGAACGUCCUGAGCGCAUUGGUGACAAGUGCUGGCUGUACUACCCUGAGGACAACUGCCCUUUCUACCGCGCCACCAUCUUCUCCAACUACUCUCCCUACAACCAGCCCCAGGCUGAUGUCAAGCUGCCCACAAUCAGCAUAGCGGACGGCAGCAAGCCCUCGAGCAGCGAGGCUAAGGAGGGUCCUUACUGGUCCAUCAUGCUUGAGGUUUCGCAAUCUUCCAUGAAGCCGGUCGACGAGGCAAACCUGCUCAAGGACUGCAUCCAGGGUCUCAUCAACACGGACAUGAUCAAGCCGGAGGAUGAGAUUGUGUCUACCUACCACCGCAAGUUCAACCACGGCUACCCCACUCCCGCUCUCGAGCGCGAGGGCGUCUUGAAGCAGCUGCUUCCCAAGCUCCAAGAUAUGGAUAUCUACUCCCGCGGCCGGUUCGGCAGCUGGAGAUAUGAAGUUGGUAACCAGGACCACUCAUUCAUGUUGGGUGUUGAGGCUGCCGACCACAUUGUCAACGGCGCGGUGGAGCUGACGUUGAACUACCCCGAUUUCGUCAACAGCCGACAGAACUCGGAGCGUCGGCUUCAACAAGCGCCUCUGUCCGCCAUCAAGAGCAACGGCGAUGUGCAGCUGCCCACGCGAGAGCGCGCAGGAUCCAAGGUUUCUACCAGUGGCGGCCACUCCCGAAAGUCAUCAAAGCAGGUGAAGUAA